AUGGCGGAAAGUGAGAAUUCGUCUGAAAAUUCGUCUCUUAAAAAGAAUGAAAAAAAGAACGUCACACUGUGCCUACACUGUAAAAAAAAAGUUGUGAACGUAGUGAAGUGCAAAAAGUGUAAUAACUCCUUUCAUCCUGCUUGUCUGGAGCAGGCAGGCGAGUUGAAAAAUACCAAUUGUAUGAACGAAUCAAGCAAGGUUAGAAGAGAGAGUGUAAACAUGCUGCUCUGGGAAGAAUCAACGGAGUUGGAUCUUCUAAGAACGCUGGUGAAAGAACUGCAAAGCAAAAAUCGAAUAGCGGAAGAAAACAGUCAACUUUUGAGAGAAAAGGUGCAUUUCCUUGAAGAUAGAGUUGAUUAUCUAAAUAAAAAGGUCCAACAACACGAAAAUACCAAACAUCCAUCGGAUUCAGUGACAUCUAACGAGGAACCUCGCAAAAUCCAUAAUGUGGUUGCAAACAACGAAAUCGUAAUUCUGGAAAAUCUUAGUGCUGAACCAGUUGACGACAGUUUCGCACUGCCUGCGGCCAACUCCCCUGUCAUCGUGAAUUCAGCGCCCAUCGCUACUCGGACUGAGAAAGAUGAAGACAAAUGGAUAGAGGUUAGAAACCGAAAUACAAAUAAAAUCUCGGUCAGAAACAGACCUGUUGAUAAAUCCAGUCGACCUGAACCUUUGAGAGGCUCCAAUGGGCAUCCUAAUAAACCAUUUUCGGAACUUGCAGCGCCAAAAUAUGGUAAAGGAAAACCUAAACAGCAGGAAGUAAAGAUUCUGCAUAUAAAUGUGAGAUCUCUAAGAAGAAAAAUAGAUGAGUUGGAAGCCUUUCUUGUUGAUGAGGACAUUGAUGUACUGUGCCUGACAGAACAUUGGUUGACCAAAGAAGAAAUGGAAGUUGUCCAUUUGCAGGGAUACAUGAUGAGAGGGUCUUCUGAACGGAAGGACUUCACAGCUAGCUUUGGCUUAGAAAGAACAAUCUUUGAACCAACUCGUGGGGACUCCUGUCUUGACAAUGUUUUCCUUAGUAGUGCGAUGGAGCUGUGUGGCUCUCAGGUAUGUGAUAUUGGAAUAUCAGAUCAUAAAGGUCAGCUGGUUAAAUUUCUUGGUUGUGAAACCACAGGUUUUAUUCAAAAUAAAAAAAUGUAUAGACCAGUAACACAAAGAGGUUUGUUUAUGUUACACAGUAGAUUGUCGGAGAUAUCUUGGGAUUUCAUUACUGUUGAUAGUACCAGCGGUGAACAAAAGUUUAGCCACUUCAUGGAUAUUCUUCAAGAAGCCUAUACAUACUCUUUUCCAAAGAAAACUUAUGUGGUAAGAUCCGACCAGGGCAAUAAUAUUUCCUGGUUUAAUACCGAACUAAGUGCAAUGAGGGAACAUUUGAAGGAUUUUGAGAGAGCUGAAAGGGCAGUAUGGUUUUGUGAGUGACCAGUAUUAUAAAAACUACAAAAAUCUAUAUAGAAAUAAAAUAAGAAAAGCUAAGAUAAAUGCUAAUGACAACCUUGUAAAGAGCUCAAGUAAUCCUGCUAAAACCGUGUGGGAUAUCAUUAACAAAAAAAGAGGUAAGAGUAAUAAGUGCCCUGGGAGCAGUGACCUGUCACCUGAUGACUUUAAUAAUUUUUUUGGUAAUAUAGCAGGUAAUAUAGUAAAUCACAUCCCUGAUGUACAUUUAGAUCCUGUUAAUAAUAUUGAUUUCCUGGUACCGCCACCUCUGUUUUCUUUUUCUGAAGUCACAUUUAACGAGGUUCGCGAUGUAACAGAUAAUCUCAAAAAUAAAAACAGUAAAGAUAUUUUUGGUUUCAAUUUAAAAAUUGUAAAAUGUAUAACAUAAUUUUGAUCCCUCUAACGCGACUGAUUAAUAUUUGUCUUAGAGAAAAUAUUUUUCCAACUGUUCUAAAGAGAGCUAGUGUCACACCUAUUUUUGAGAACGGCAAUGUUGAUUCACCAGAGAACUACAGACCUAUAUCCCUUCUUCCAGUUAUCUCUAAGAUCUUUGAAAAAUGUAUGGCUUUGAGACUGGUAACCUUUUUUGAGGCAAAUGAAUUGUUUUCACAAUAUCAGUUUGGUUUUCGCCAGGGUAAGAGCACUGUUAUGGGUGUACUUAACCUGGUUUCUUCUAUAAUUGAUGCUUUCCAUGGAGGAGGGUAUAACACGGUUCUUUUCUGCGAUCUUAGUAAGGCAUUUGAUUGUGUGAGCCAUGACAUCCUUUUAAAAAAGCUCCUUGCUUACAACUUUAGUUAUGAUUCCAUUAAACUAAUUGAGUCUUACCUUAGUAAUAGAACUCAGGUGGUGAGAUGUGAUGGAGUGACAUCAGCGGAGCGAAGUGUUAAUAUUGGCGUCCCACAGGGCUCCAUCUUGGGCCCAAUUCUUUUUUUAAUUUACAUAAAUGAUUUACCUCUCAAUAACAAUAUGGCAAACUUUACUCUCUUCGCGGAUGAUACGACCGUCUCUCACACCGCUAAUAGUUUUGAGCGCUCAAUGGCACAGUCUCUGGCUGCGCAGGAUGAGGCUGAGCUGUGGUUUUGCUCCAAUAAGCUGUUGCUAAAUAAAGAUAAGACAAAUAGAAUGGUGUUCUCCAUGCGAAGCCUGCCUGGAGACAGUGGUUUGGUUGAUGAAGCCAAGUUUCUGGGGGUUACUUUGGAUCUAAGAUUGCAAUGGGGCCUUCACAUUGACAGUGUUGCUGGAAAGGCCACCAAAGGUAUAUAUGUGCUACGGAGUUUGUCUUCUUGUGUUUCUGUAGAAAUAUUGAGAAUGGCUUACUUUGCCAUUUGCCAUUCACAUAUAUCCUAUGCCAUUCUGGCUUGGGGGCAUUCUUCACGGGUCCAUAGACUGUUCGUCUUGCAAAGAAGAGCAGUUAGGGUUGUGAGCCGUCUGGGCUGCAGGGACGAUUGCAGAGAUACCUUUGUCAAGUUGGAAAUCCUUACUGUGCCUUGUUUAUAUAUUUUUGAAAAUCUACUAUUCGUUAAAAGAAACUCUAACUAUGUAACUCAUGGAAACGUCCAUGAGCACAAUACUAGGCAUAAGAACAAUCUAGUACCUUCUUAUUGGCGACUGAGAAGGUGUCAAGAUGGACCUGGUUAUUGGGCGGUCAAAUUUUUUAAUGUACUUCCAGACGGCUUAAAAUCGCUUCCGUUUAAAGAUUUUAAAGUUCAAAUCAAGAAAAUUCUUAUUAAUAACUCAUUUUACACGUUUGAAGAGUUUUUAAGACAUAAAUUUUAACUAUAAAUCUUAAUAUGUUAUGUUAGCGUUAUAUCUUUAUGAGUGCUGGUGUACUUGUUUGUAAUUUUUUAUGAUCAUUAGCACUCCCUUUGUUUUAAUUCUAAUGCAAUUCUCAUUUGAU